AUGGCGCAAGUCAUAUCGAAUUCUGGUCAUGAUGACAUGAUUCAUGAUGCCGUCCUCGACUACUACGGACGCCGCCUUGCAACCUGCUCCUCCGACAAGACCAUCAAGAUCUUCGAGAUUGAGAACGAAACCCAACGAUUGACGGAUACACUCAAGGGUCACGAGGGCGCCGUCUGGUGCGUCUCCUGGGCUCACCCCAAGUAUGGCGCCAUUCUCGCCUCUGCCGGCUACGAUGGCAAGGUCUUUAUCUGGAAGGAGCAGGGAACCCAGUGGCAGAGAAUCUUUGACUUUGCACUACACAAGGCCUCGGUCAACAUGGUCUCAUGGGCCCCGCAGGAGGCAGGCUGCCUGCUCGCAUGCGCCUCAUCCGACGGCCACGUCUCUGUUCUCGAGUUCAAGGACAAUGCCUUCCAGCACCAGACGUUCCCCGCCCACGGCCUCGGUGUCAACUCUGUCUCCUGGGCCCCUGCCACCACUCCCGGCAGCAUCGUCUCCUCUGCCCCUCCCAGCCAGGGCGCUCUCAGCCAACGUCGCUUCGUGACUGGAGGCUGUGAUAAUGUUUUGAAGAUCUGGUCCUACGACCCCGCCACCCAGAGUUACAAGGAGGAGGGCGAGCCCCUGACGGGCCACACAGACUGGAUUAGAGAUGUCGCAUGGAGCCCUACCGUUCUCCAGAAGAGCUACAUUGCAUCCGGCUCGCAGGAUAAGACCGUACGAAUCUGGACGAGCGACAGCGCAAGCCAGGGUCAAUGGUCUAGCAAGGUCCUCAACUUUGAUGCCGUAGUCUGGCGCGUCAGCUGGAGUCUCAGUGGCAAUGUCCUUGCCGUCAGCGGUGGCGAUAACAAAGUCUCCCUGUGGAAGGAGAACCUGCGUGGCGACUACCUGGAUCUCAUAGGUGGACUCGCGCAACUGGUUCAAGACACUGAUCCGACUGACACGGAUGCGACUUACUGGGCUGACCAGCUCGACUUCAUAUUAGCACCUGAUUCUGGUCUGAUAGAGAAAGUGCAACGAGAAGAGCAGCCAUUGGUUCAAACAAAGGAGGAGACGGUGGAGCAGAUAUCGGAACAGUCAGACGAGGAGCUUGAGGAACAGUUAUCGGACCCUUCAGAGGAUGAGCUUGAGGAGCAGCCAUUGGACCCAGCCGAGCGCAAGGCUGUGCUGCGUGGAAUUUUGACGAGGUGGUUAAUUUCUCUCCUCUCGUCGCGUACCACUUAG